UGGGGACCGGGAUCGCCGGUCGGCAGGAGACGUCGUCACACCUCGCUCAUCCUCCGCAUCGUCAAGACGUUCGUUUCUCACGCUACCAUCACGCCACGGGCAUCGUUUUUUCUCUCGACAAAGGGAAUCGCAGUCCUUCUUUCGUAUUCUCGAUCGAUCGUUCGGCCGUGCCAGCUGACCGGUAAACCCGAGACCAAACGCUCGAAUCACGGUUCGGAUUCUCUGUUCCGUGACACGACGAAACGAAAACGUUCGAGAGAGUCUCCGAGGAACGUCAAGGAACAUCAACGAUAUUUCGGCACCGAUAAUCGCGACGCGUAUCGAUGCUAUCGAUCAACAUGCGAGUCUUCAAAACGGUGCUGCUCCUCGCCGCGUUCUUCUUUAGCAAAGCGAAGUGUUUACCGGUCGCGAACGAGUCAUCGAUCGCGGAGUCGCCAACCUCGACGCCAUCUACCCUCAGUUCCUCGGAGGGCGAUUAUUACGAUCAACGACAAAACGGAACCGACAAUUACCGUGUCCACGUGGACGGUUUGGUGCUCGUCUUUGCUCCCGUCGAGGCGCUCCUCCUAGCCGGUGCUGCUGGUGGUAAUAAACCUGACUUACCUGUUCUUGAUCUGUCGAAGCCGCCCUCGGAUAAACCGGAAGUAGAAUUUAAACCGUUGCCAGCGCCUAAAUCAGCAAACAGGGCUGGAUUGCGUUUGGCAAAUCUACUAUCACCGUUCCUGCGUCGUUUUCGCCAAGAAUGAAAGAGUCUCGACUCUUACUUUCAUCAUUAAUUUCCUAACAAUUACGUAGCACCCC